CACCUCUUUCCAGUCUCUCGUUGGCUUGUGCCUUAUACACAUCCUGAAUCAUCAGGCCUGGGAGGUGUGUGCCUGAGGAAAAGGAUGUUUUGAUUCAGAGGAAAUCUCUACACAACAGUGUUACUUCCACGAUGGUCACUGUCAGCUUCAGUGAGACACGGUCUUUGAGACACCAACCGCUUGUAAUCUGCCUGGCAGCCCCGUGACGCCUCUGGAGGGAGAUAAAGAUCAAACCUGGUCCUGACUUCCAGGAGUCAGAUGGCCACUGUAGAGAAAAUCUUGCCCCUCUGUGGAGAAUGCAGCUUCAAGGACCUGUCUUUGUGGGUGUGCCCCUCCUGGGGCCCAUCCUGAUUUGGAUGUUCACUCAUCAGCUAUCCAGUCGGUGUGAGGAUGAGAAGAAGUUACCUUGGUGCCCACCCCACAAGGUCAUAUUGCUCGUGUGGGCGACCAUCUACUCUGUCAUGGGCUACGCCUCCUACCUGGUAUGGAAGGACCUCGGAGGGGGCUUCCGGUGGUCCCUAGCCCUGCCCCUCGGCCUCUACUCUUUCCAGCUGGCCCUCAGCUGGACCUUCUUGAUGCUGUUCUUGGUAGUUGACAGCCCCGGGCUGGCCCUCCUGGACCUCUUACUGCUCUAUGGACUGGUGGCAAGUAUGGUGCUUAUCUGGCAACCAAUCAACAAGCUGGCUGCUCUGCUCCUGCUGCCCUACCUGGCCUGGCUCACUGUGACCACCGCCAUCACCUACCGCCUGUGGAGGGACAGCCUGUGUCCGUCGUACCAGCCUUAGCCACCCAAGAAGAGCAACUGAAGCACCGGGAUACAGAAGGAGGGAGGACGGCAAGAAAGCGGAGAAGCUGUGGGGCUAAGUGGUGUGGCCACACUCCUGGAUCUUCCUGCUGCCCUAUCUCCUUACACUUGAGAGAUGUAGAAAACAAGGGGCGCUUUCUGACACACAAUAAAACCCUGUUGUUGACCCUGAA